CGACUUUUUUGUUGACAACGUGAAAGUCAUGCCAUAAUAUAACGAUUGAAGAUAAAUUAAGAUGUGGAACCAACUAAACAAGUUGCUACGUCCAGUCUAUCAGAUGGUGACACCUGUUCGUAAUCAACAUUACGACUGUCGAACAUGGCGUGAUAUGAAACGACGUAAAAUUGUACAGAAAACAUUUCCAGUUAGACAACGACUGAAUUCUUUAAGGAAAAAUGGAAUAAUACCCAAAGAACUGCAGGAAAUAGCCGACAAAGAAAUCAAACAGAUGGAAUUAAAUACUUGCCAGUCCAGGCUAUGGCCACGAUGUGUGUUAACUUCACGACCUAGAGGUCUGAUGGAUAAAUGGCGAGUAAGUCGUAUCGUGUGGAGAGAUCAGGUAGACUAUAAUAGAAUGAGCGGUCUUAAACGUUCGUGUUGGUGAUUAUGGACAGUUUUAGACAAAUUGACUGUAAAACAAUGUGAAUGGACAACUUGUUCUGGGAAAGUGUUAAGUUGAAGUUUUGUUGCCAAAUGAAUAGAAAAUAGAAUGAAAUUAUGUAAUAAAAUGUUGGAUUGGU